CCCCUCCCCGCCUCUAACCGACCUUUCCGCUCCCUCCCGACUUCGCCCUCCGCCCUCCCCUCCUCUUCCUCCUCUUCUCUCUCUCCGUGAUGGAAGACCAACGACCUACAGUUCUCACCGUCUCUAUCGUCUUUUUCAUCGUCGCUACGGUUUUUGUUGCCCUGCGCUUCGUCUCUCGUAUUUUUAUCGUUCGCAAAAUUGCUCUGCAUGACUAUUUUAUGCUCCUGGCCUGGGUCCUUGACUUCGGCUUUUCCUUCUCCCUCUUCUAUGCUACCCACCAAGGUCUCGGUCUGCACGAUGUCAACAUUCGCCCCGAACAACGGCCUGGUCUCAAUCGCGCCGACUACGCCUUCACCGUUCUCUAUAAUCCCACCUUGAUGGCCAUCAAAACCUCCAUCCUUGUCUUCUACCUCACCCUCACACAAGGCGAAAAGAUAUUCCGUUGGGCCACCUACGUCACCCUCUUCGUCGUCAAUGCCGCUGGCCUUGCUCUCACCUUUGUCAACGUCUUCCAAUGUCGCCCGGUCAGUGCUGCUGUCGCGUAUCCCUUGCCCGACGGCGCGCAGUGUAUCGACAUCCUUACUCUCUAUCUAUCCUCCUCUCCUGUGAAUAUCAUCACCGACCUCGCCAUCCUGUGUUUACCGAACCCCAUCCUCACACGAAUGCGCCUGCCACGCAAGCAGAAAAUCAUCAUCGUGAUCACCUUCAGUUUUGGCUUUUUCGUCGCCGUUGUUGAUGUCAUCCGCAUUGCUUACAUUCAAGAUGCGGCGACUUCUCGUCAGAUUGCUCUUAAGGAAAUCCAUCUUCAGGGCACCCCCGGUGACGAUUUGAGCUGGUACGCUGCCUUCUCUUUCAUGUGGUCCGUCAUUGAAGUCAAUGUCUCCAUUAUGUGCGCCUGUGUUCCCAGCCUCAAGCCGCUCGUCGCCCGGCUGCUUCCGAAGCUCAUCCGCGACACCGACGAGAGCUAUCAGACCUCGUCACCUGGCAUCCGACCUCUACCCAUGCUAGCCCCCAUUGUGGUCGAGGACUCUGCACCCCGACCUCCCCCACCAAUUCCCGAUCACCCUAGUCCCAAACCUACCAAUUCGGAUAGCCAUAGCAGUCGAACUGGUAGCGAUGCACGCAUCGACCUCACUGAGUUCCUGGCUGCCCCGCCGCCACAUUUACCUCCUGAAGCGACCGAUCUGGAGCAGCGCACGAACACCGUGACCAACUCCUCCUACCCGCCCAGUAUCACCUUUUUCGACUUCGUCAACAUGAAGCAGCCUGCGAAUAUGCUUAAGCUCAGCAAUAAGGAGUCAAUCACGCCGAUCGCAUUCAUCACCAUUCUGUUUUUCCUAUGGGGGUUUGCGUACGGAUUGCUCGACAUGCUCAAUGAACAAUUCAAGAAAAUAUUACAUCUUGGUAUAUAUCGCUCGUACGGUUUGCAUGCGACCUAUUAUGGUGGCUAUUUGCUAGGCCCUCUGCUUGUGGGCCGUCCAGUACUCAAGCAUUGGGGGUUUAAGGCUUCAUUUAUCACAGGUCUAUGUAUCUACGCAUGCGGCUCACUUAUAUUUUGGCCUUCCGCGGUCUUGACUUCCUAUUCAGCAUUUGCUGUGUCCAAUUUCAUCGUCGGCUUCGGCUUGGCAGUGCUUGAAACCGCCGGCAACCCAUUCAUCGCUCUGUGCGGUCCGCUUGAGAAUUCCGAAAUUCGUUUGAACAUCUCGCAAGGUGUCCAGGCGGUUGGCAGUGUCGUCUCACCGCUUCUCGCGCAAAAGGUCCUCUUCAAGCAAGUGACUGAUGUGUCCUCCCUGGUAGACGUGCAGUGGACAUAUCUCGGCAUAGCUCUUUUUGACGUGAUCCUGGCUCUCGUCUUCUACUAUCUGCCCAUUCCGGAGGCCUCCGAUGCCGAUCUCGAAGAGCUGGCUAACCGUCGGCGAGCGGACAAUCACGCCCGCGUGGCGGGUUUGCCAGUGGUUUGGGUGACACUGGGCCUCGGUGUAUGGUCAGUUUUCAUGUAUGUCGCUGGACAAGAAGUAUUGUCUUUGAGCUUCGUGCGCUUCGUCGAAGAGGUUCAUCCCGAAGGUUCAUUGACUUCAUUCGAUUUCUUGACUAUCGGACACACAGUCUUUGCGGUGGGUCGGUUCUUGGCCGCUCUUUUGCAGUGGUUUCUUAAGCCGCGCUGGAUCCUAUUGUUGUCGUAUGUUGGCAUGAUUGUGUGCGCUGCGUUGUGUAUGCACACCACCGGGCUCACAGCGGUAACCAUGGGUGAACUUGUGUAUUUGUUUGAAAGUGGUGCUUUCAGCAUCAGUUUCGCCAUUGCUUUGCGCGGCACGGGACGCCAUACUAAGACAGCCGGCUGCCUGCUGACCAUGGCUAUCAGCGGGGGCGGCGUCUUUCCGUUUGCGCAGUACGCGGCACAGCUGGUGGGCGGCGUACCCUAUUCGUAUAGCGUUCUCGUGGCGGUUUCUGCCGCGGGUGCUAUCUUCCCCGUAUACCUGAACCUGGUGCCAGCGGCCAAGAAACAGGUUGACCCGGUGCCCAACGAACAUCUGCGACACCCUCGCCGCCGUAGCCGCGGCGUACCGCGUGCCAAGGACAAUCCGUCGAUAGGCGGAGUGCUGUCUCGACGGCGCAGCGUGCUUCUAGAUCCGCUGCCGACCGUCCAACUGACGGAGUGAUUGAUUUUUCUCUUACCUCCCCUUCCCCCCCCCCUUGGGGAUAUGCCUUGUGAUACCCAUAUAUAGUUUAAUAUUUUGUCUUAUUCCUGGAUUUAGCAUG